AUGAAAUCCCUGAGAUUGCGGGCUUCCGUCCUCUUUUGCUUCUUUCUGCUAAUCAAGGGGGUGGGGGCCGCGCCCCCCGGGCGCCCAGAGGCGCAGCCGCCUCCUCUCAGCUCUGAGCAUAAAGAGCCGGUAACUGGGGACGCAGUGCCCGGGCCAGGGGAUGACAACGCUCCCGAAGUCCGAGCCGUUCGGAAUUCCGAGCCGCAGGACCAGGGAGAGCUCUUCCAGGGCGUGGAUCCUCGGGCGCUGGCCGCGGUGCUGCUGCAGGCACUCGACCGCCCGGCGUCGCCCCCAGCGCCGGGUGGUUCCCCGCAGGAGCCAGCGGGAGAAGCGGCAGAAGCUCUGCUGACCGAGACGGUGCGCAGCCAGACCCACAGCCUCCCGGCGCCGGAGGUCCAGGUGCCCGCAGCUCCGCCUCACGCGCAGACCCAGGAGAACGGCGCCGAGGCCGGGGGCCCUGCGGACGAGCUGGAGACGCUCGCGGCGCUGCUCCAGGAACUUCGCGAUUUCAGCCCGAGCAGCGCCAAGCGCCAGCAGGAGACCGCAGCGGCGGAGACGGAGACCCGCACGCACACGCUGACGCGAGUCAAUCUGGAGAGCCCGGGGCCCGAGCGCGUGUGGCGCGCGUCCUGGGGAGAGUUCCAGGCGCGCGUCCCAGAGCGCGCGCCCCUGACCCCCUCGCAGUUCCAGGCGCGCGUGCCCGAGAAGGGGCCCCUACCCGAAGCCCCUCAGUUCGGGGAAGGACUGCCCUCCCCCAAAUCACACCUGGGCGAGGCUCUGACACCCUUAUCGAAGGUAUACCAAGGCCUGAGCGCCCCCUUUCCCAAGGCGCGCCGGCCCGAGAGCCCGCUCCUGGGCGGUUCCGAGGCCGGGGAGCGCCUGCUGCAGCAGGGGCUAGCGCAGGUCGAGGCUGGGCGGCGGCAGGCGGAGGCCACGCGCCAGGCCGCAGCCCAGGAAGAGCGUCUGGCCGACCUCGCCUCCGACCUGCUGCUCCAGUAUCUGCUGCAGAGCGGAGCGCGGCCGCGCGGCCCCGGGGGUCGGGGGCAGCCGGAGACGCAGCCCGAGCGCGAGCGGGAGGAGGCGGAGCAGGAGAGGCGCGGCGGGGAGGAGAGGGCGGAGGAGGAGGAGGAGGACGAGGAGGCGGCGGAGGCGGAGGCCGAAGCCGAGGAGGCGGAGAGGGCGCGGCAGAACGCACUCCUGUUCGCGGAGGAGGAGGACGAGGAGGAUGGGGAAGCCGGGGCCGAGGACAAGCGCUCCCAGGAGGAGACGCCGGGCCACCGGCGCAAAGAGGCGGAGGGGCCGGCGGAGGGCGGGGAGGAGGACGACGACGACGAGAUGGACCCGCAGACCAUCGACAGCCUCAUCGAGCUGUCCACCAAACUCCACCUGCCCGCCGACGACGUGGUCAGCAUCAUCGAGGAGGUGGAGGAGAAGCGGAAGCGGAAGAAGAACGCCCCCCCAGAACCGGUGCCGCCCCCCCGUGCCGCCCCCGCCCACGUCCGCUCCCCGCAGCCCCCGCCCCCCGCGCCCGCCCCCGCCCGGGAGGAGCUGCCGGACUGGAACGAAGUGCUGCCGCCCUGGGACCGCGAGGAGGACCCGGCGUUCCCCCCGGGGCCCUACCACCCUUUUCCCAACUACAUUCGGCCGCGGACGCUGCAGCCGCCCGCUGCCUCCCGCCGCCGCCACUUCCACCACGCCCUGCCACCUUCGCGCCACUAUCCCGACUCGGAGGCCGAGGCGCGGCGCGCGCAGGCGGAGGCGGAGGCGGAGGAGCGCCGGCUGCAGGAGCAGGAGGAGCUGGAGAAUUACAUCGAGCACGUGCUGCUCCGGCGCCCGUGA